AUGCAAUGUUGCAAAGAUACCAGCAAGCCCAGGGUGAUAGCGCCGUCAUCGCCAAUCGCCAAUCGCCAUAGAGAAGCAAAGAUGCCAGCAAGAGCAGAGAAAGAGCGCCUGAACCUUGUCUUAGGUUCACACCUCGCCACAAUCCAUGAAACCCUUCAAGUUUUAGAUCAAACUCCUUCUUCUUCUUCUUCUUUCGUUAACAAAGUCACCUGGGAAGAUGUCAUUAAGAUGGCCGAACAAGUUUCUAAACAAGCCACCACAGUUGGAAUGAUUUGGACUGGAGACAAACCGGAAUCAAAAGCUAUUGAGGAAACUAUGACAUCUUACUUCAACAAUUUACAAGGUUUUCUCUUGGUUUCUCAUGGAAGCAAGGUAGGUGCGGGACCCACAUUGUCUUCCAGUAUUCAUGAAUCUGUUAAACAAGUUGUUGAUUCCAGUUUCAGGUUGAUGAAGGAAACUGUUUCUUUCUAUGGAUCCCAUCGUGAAGGCCAGAAACAAUUAGUUCCGCAACUGGUAGGUACUGUAUGGGAAGCGUGUUCUGCCCUUAAAAAGACCCCUACUUCAAACAUUACAGCAAUUGGGCGAGGAAUGACAAAGGUUGCGGUUUCGGUGAAGGAUGUUCUACGCGAGAUGAAAGAAUUGAAGCCAGUUUCUAGUGAUGAUCCAGCUGACACGGAGUCUGAACCAUGUGAUGAUAAUUCAAGUGAAGGUGAACUAGGGAAUGACCUAUCACCUGAAGAGAUGAAAGUGGCUGAAAGAACCAUUGUGGUUGUGUCUGACACGCUUUCAGUUCUGAAAGGACUUAUUCGCUCUAUUACAGGCUUGAUUAAGAUGGAAAAACCAGAUGACAACAGUGGUUUUGUAGAUUCACUUGAAAAAUUGUUACAGCUGUGUCAGGAACUAGGUCAACAGAUUGAUGAAAUUGGAGCUUGCCUCUAUCCCCCUCAAGAGAUUUCUUCCAUUGAGGCUGCGUUGGAGAAAAUCCGCAGCAUUAUUGAGGUUAUGCAGGCGGAAAUAGGAGGACUUCAAGGUGCAUCUGAUGCAUUUCUGGAGGCAUGCAAUGGUUUGAGGAGCUCAAUGCACGAGCUUGCGUCUGAACUAAGUAGCUUUAGUACUGCUGAUAUAGAAGCCGGAGUGGAAAAUAUAACAUUAAGUGAGAAGUAGAUUAUAUUUGUGUGCAAUGAUUUUGAUUUUUGACAGUAGAAUUUAUGAAAUGAUCCUUUUGAUUUUAUAUAUACACAUAUAAGUAUGUUUUUGUUUCUUGUAAACCUCUAAUUGGUGAGAGAUCACAUUUUACCCUCA